AUGGGAGCCGCAGAGCCUACAUCCCCCAGCACUCCGCACGCGCCGAAUCAUGACUCAAUGGUCACCGUCGCGUUGUCAGAUAACCAGUCCAGUUCAGAGCACUCUCAACCCGAUUGGCGCACGCUCGACAUUCCUCCAACUCCAGUGGAGAUGACCCAUUUUGAGAAAGAAAGUGAGGAGACAUUUGGCCCGGUGCCACUUCAGGACGCGGCGCGGACUAUUCCUACUUCUGAAAACGAUAUGCCCACGCCCGGCUCGAAUGGCGAGCGAAAGGAGGGCGAGAUGUUCGACAACGAGGUGGACUGGGAGAAUCUCGACAAGACUGAAGAGCAAGAACCGCGUGGGGAGGGGUCAGAUGAGUCUACGGCUCUGCUCCUUGCUCGACUCGAACAAGAGAACAAUGCUCUAGCGACGAAUCCUAAAUCUAGAAUCCCCGAUGUUCCAAGCGCAAAGAUCCAUCAGCGGCAAUCCCGCUCCGAAUCCCUGCACCAUAUCAAGCGACUCAUCAGGGACCCAGCGAGGGCAGAGCUGCGAUACUCCCUGCUACCACCCCCUCCGAUGACAGAAUUAGAGUUUUGGGCUGCCCUUGUCUCCGAUUACCAUCGGACUGCUCAACGCUUGCCGACAUUGACUUCGAAUAAGAUCCAGGGAGGUGUGCCUCCUCCAUUGAGAGGCGUGGUGUGGCCUAGUCUGGCGGGCGCACGCGAUCCUACCCUUUUGAACGAGUUUGAGAGACUUCAGGGCGAAAGUAGCCCAUACGAUGGGUUGAUCGGCAAAGAUAUCGGCCGCAGCUUUCCCAAUGUUGAGAUGUUCCGCGAUCCAAAUGGCGAGGGUCAACAAAUGCUAGCCCGAGUGCUGCGGUGCUUCAGUCUUUAUGAUACCAAGAUUGGUUAUUGUCAAGGUCUUGGAUUUGUGGUCGGCCCCCUGCUCAUGCACAUGACAGAUGCCGAGGCCUUCUGCGUUCUUGUUCGCCUCAUGGACCAUUACAACCUCCGAACCUGCUAUCUUCCCGAUUUAUCGGGUCUUCACCUUCAUGUAUAUCAGUUUCAAAAUCUUCUGGCGCGACAUCGACCUGUUUUGUUCGAGCAUUUGGAGUCAUUGCACGUUGAGCCUGUAUAUGUCUCGCAGUGGUUCUUAUCAUUUUUUGCAGUGGCCUGUCCACUUCCGAUGCUCCUCCGAAUUUAUGACGUGAUUUUCUUGGAAGGUGCUUGUGAGACGUUGAUGCGGGUUGCACUUUCCUUGAUGCAGCGCAACGAAAAGAGAAUCCUGGCUUGCAGCGAGUUCGAGGACGUGAUGCAAUUUUUAUUGUCUCGGAGCUUAUGGGAUACAUACGCGUUCAACGCAGACGAUCUAGUUAAUGAUUUCGUCUCUCUCACCCCUCUCGUAACAAAUGAGAGCCUUCGAACCCUCGAAACUAGCUACAACCAGUCUACAGGCUCUCCAGCUGGAGUAUCUUUCCCACAGAUGCAGGCCACAGCCUCUGGAUUCCUAGGACGCCUAUGGGCCGGCUCAUCGAACAACCACAACUCAGUCAAGUCGCUAAACCCAAACGCAAGUCCGUCACGAACUAACAGUACAAUCCGUCGCUCCACCUCUAAACAAAGCCUCACUUCCACCUUAAACUCUAUUGAAACCGCGUCCGAUGCCAGCACCGCAGCCACGGAUAUGUCAACGGUCACAGCUAGCAUGGACGGCCAGAAGCCGCGUAUCAAGUCUACGAUGUCCUCCCACCACAAAGACCGUGAUCUUCAUACUCAGAUUGAAGAUCUAUUGAUGGCACUCACCGAUCUUCAGCGCCAACAAGCUAAUCUUAGCCUUGAACUUCAGCAGGAAAGAGAAGAACGCGAGGAAGAUCAUUCUUUGGCCAAGGAGAUGUUAAUCCACAUCCGAGAACACUCGACCGAAACACCAUCUGAAGAAUUGGUCUCAAAAGCCUCAGCGCGCUUUGAGUCUGCAAAACCGAGACGUAUCUCAAUUACCCGAACCAAGCUCGAACUGAACGAUGAGGUUACUCGAUGGAAGGAAAUGCACGAGCUGGAAGCCGGUCGCUGCUUGAACCUCACCCGUCGCAUCGACGAGUUUGAGCAGGAGAAUUCAUCACUGAAGGAACAAUUACGGGAGGCCCGGGGUCGCAUCCAGGAUGGCUAUCGUGAUCGACAACGCCUCGAGCGUAUGAACCGGGAGCUGCGUACUCUCAAAACUCCCUCGGAAAACUGGACACCACCAGAAAGCUCACCCUCCUCGGCAAUCGAUGAGGCUCAAUCUCCUACUAGCGGUCUCCGGGAACUCAAACUUGCUCGUACCAACUCCACAAAGAGCCCGACAUAUAACAGACGAACUAGUAGCCUGGGUCUCCAAACCAUCUUGUCGACUGAGAAUAACAAACCGGCUGCUGACGAGGCCUUGCUCAUGGAGCUGGUCAAUGCCAAAACUGCGGAGGCAGUGGCCAAGCAGGAGCUUGAAGAAGUCAAGGGCAAGAUGGAAUCAUUGCGAAAGAUGAUUAGUGCACCCCAGGGGUCGAAAACCGAAAACCGCCAUUCUAUGAUGGGGUUGUCGCAGGCUCGAAUUAGCAUAGCCAAUAAGUCUCCCCCCGAGGCUCCCAAGACGCUUGGGACACUUCCGAAUAAUGGAGGUGGGUUCUUCAGUGGAUGGGGUCGGCGGACUCCGACAAAUGAAAACAUCUCUUGA